AUGACGCCCUCCUGCGCGAUGUUCUACAGGUCAACCUCAGCCAUGGCGCCGCCGUCCAAGAACCGGUUCAAGCGACAAAGUCGGAUCUUCUCCCAGGUCUUGUACCAGACGCUGAGCUACAAGGACCGCAGCUCGGGGCACAGCCUUUCAGAGGCGAACAAGGAGGAUCCGUCGGAACUCUCCACCCAGGUCUCAGCUCCCGGAGUUCUCAAGAUCUUUGGGUGUCACAUCUGCGUGGGCACUCACUACAAGAGUGUUUUGGCUACGGCCACCUCCAGUGCCCAGGAGCUUCUGAAAGAAGCUCUUGAGCGGUACGGACUCAACAGGGUAGAUGUCGGCCAUUACGUUCUCUGCGACGUCGUGGGGACGUUUGCUGGCUCGGAGAAGCAGUGGAAGAUGGAAGGGUUGAGAAUCCUGAGGGACCACGAGAAACCUCUUUUGAUCCAGGACCUUUGGAAGCCGCGGGAAGGUUUCUCUCGGAGGUUUGAGCUCCGCAAGAGGUCUGAAGUGGAGGAGAUGACGGCCGAGGACAGAGACACCAUCACAGCAGGAAUUAACGCCCAGGCUCGGAAGCUCCAGCGCAACCGGACCAAAGGCACCAUGACUCCCUUGAUGGCUUGCCACACUUCACCCCCCAGCCUUAGGCGCACUGUCAGCGAGACCAGUCUUAGCCAAGCAGGCCCACUGGAGGAGCAGAAAGAAGAGGGGCCUCUUCAGCGGCACUACUCAACGCUGCCAGAGACCCUCCGAUGCAUGGAGUGGGUACCGGAUGGGCGGGCGGUGGCUGCCCCCGAAGAGCCGAACGGGGGCAACACCUUGAGACUCUCGCUCUAUCAGUCCCCUCACCUGCUGCUCCUACAGGGAUACAGCCAGCAACACGACAGGCUGGUCUACCUCUUGAACCGCGAGCAACACACGGUUGGCCAAAGGACUCAAGCCAGCAAGCCUAGCAUUAGCCUUUCGGCGCCCGACAUCCUUCCUCUCCACUGCUCCAUCCGGCGGGUGAAGCUGCCCACCCGUUCUCACCACCGCUCCGAAGAGAAGCUCUUCAUAGAACCCAUCCCGGGCGCCAGCGUCUCCGUCAACUUCUCCGAGGUGGGCAAGGCGGUGGUCCUCCGUCACGGCGAUCUCAUCUCCCUCGGCCUCUCCUACCUGUUCCUCUACAAGGACCCUCUUAAAACCCAACUGCUGCCCACCCAGACGCUGGUGAAGCUGAAGGCCAUGCGCCGGGCAUCUGAGCCCGAGCCGCCGCCCACCGCCUGCAAGAUGUGUGGCACCCAUUUCAAAGACAAGGCCUCCUCCUCCUCCUCCUCCUCUUCCAAAAAACAGGAAGUCCAGGCCUCCUCCGGCCGGAAGAGCAGUCGGAGGAAGCUGCAACUGGAAUUUGACAAGGCCAACGAAGAUGUCUUGCUGAGGAGGAUCAUGACACUCAUCGAGCCCACGGGAGACGACCACAAGUUGGCGCCGGCCUUUUUACUGUGUCUCUGCAUCCAGCACUCUGCCACCCAUUUUAGGCUGGGAGACUUUGGGAAGCUGCUCCUCAAGGCGACGAAAAUGGUUCAGAAGAGCGUGUGGGAGAAAACAAACGAGCUUGCGGAAAAGCAAUCUUUACACCAGGAUCCAGUGUCGCUUUCCCGCUUUACCAUCUCAGACCUUCUCCCCGACCUUCAGCACAUCGUUUUCUGGAUGUCCAACUCCAUCGAAAUCCUGUACUUCAUUCAGCAGAAGUCCCCCGUGUACAUCCAGAACAUGGAAGAAGAACUGGACAUCAAAGGAUCCAAAGAAUCCCUCUUCUCUUUGACCAUCACAGCCAGUGAGGAAGCCAUGACGGUUUUGGAGGAAGUGGUCAUGUACACUUUUCAACAAUGUGUUUACUACAUCUCCAAGUCUCUCUAUGUGGCUCUGCCCCCAUUGCUGGAGUGCAACCCCUUCCAGGGUGAAGGCCGGGACGGUUGGCUCUCCCCGCCCCCGUUGCCCGAGGAAAUCCACAAAGUGGUGUUGAUUUACCAAGCUGCCCUGGACCUUCUCCAUCAGUAUGAUGUCCACCCUGAAGUCACCUCCCAGAUGUUCGCCUACCUCUUCUUCUUCUCCAACACCCUCCUCUUCAACCAGCUCAUGGAAAAAGGUUCUUCUCUGGGCUGUUUCCACUGGUCAAAGGGGGUCAGGAUACGGGCUACCCUGCGUGUCCUUCUGGAAUGGGCCCAGAGCGUGGGCCUGGGGCCACUGGCAGACCAGUUCUUCUGCAAACUCUCCAGUAUGGCCAGCCUGUUAGCCAUGCCAAAUUCUCAGCUGCUGCAGAUGACCUGGCCUGUCUUGAGAAGUGAGUUUCCUGCCUUGAACCCAGCACAGCUCAAUCACAUCCUGACCCAGUACCAGACUUCUUCUGCCAUGGGGUGUGUCCCAGCUUGGCAACCCAGCAACAAUGAUGCCCUUGCAGCUGUGAGGACAGAUGAUGUUCUGGAAUCUUUUGAUAACCACCCACCCAUCAUGCUGCCCACCGGAGGGUUCAAGGUGGACCUGGAGACCAAUCAUCUUGAUGACAACAUCUACCGGCAUCUUCUGUACAUCCGCCAUUUCCUGUGGAGCCUACGCAGCAAAAGUCCCCACUCCAGUGACUCUCUGGAAGCAGAAACGCCAAAGACUGAGAUGAUCAGCUGCCAAGUGACACCCCCAGCGGAGUCUGAGACAAUAAUUGGGUCAGUUGAGAGUGCCUUUGACUGGACAAAUGGUAGGCAGAUGACGACCUGUGAGAAGCCAAAGAUGGAGGAGAACGUCUCCCAGGUCAUUGGUACCAACCUAUCCAUCUCAGAUUACGGGACUUGUGAGACACAGCUACCCAACACUCUCCAACAGCAACAACUUGAGAGACCAAAGGGAAAGAAUGGGACCAAGGCAAUCACAGUGUCUAUGGACUCCUCGUGUUUGCUGACUCCACCUAACACACCCCUGAUCUUUGACUCCAUUGGUCUGGAAUUGUCCCCAGAAAUUACUCCUGGGAAGGACAUCCCGGAGUCUCACAGAAACGGACUCAACGGGACCAAAACCCCAACCCAGGAAGGAUCUUCUCCUACGCCCUAUGACUUUCCCACUCCGGCUUCUUCGAAUCGCAGCUCGGCCACCGACGAUUUUUGCUAUGUCUUCGUGGUGGAGCUGGAAAAGGGCCCCAUCGGUUUGGGGAUGGGGUUGAUCGAUGGCUUGCACACCCCUUUAAGUUCUCCCGGGAUCUACAUCCGGACUUUGAUCCAAGACAGUCCAGCGGCAGCAGAUGGCAGACUCUCCAUCGGGGACCGCAUCCUUGCUGUCAACGGCACCAGCCUUGUUGGCUCUCAUUACCAGAGUGCUGUUGACCUCAUCCGAUCCGGCGGGAAGAAGCUGCGCUUCCUGGUGGCCAAGUCUGACCUGGAAGUUGCCAAGAAGAUCAGCUAUAGCUCUUCACCUUCUCCGUAACAGCAGGUCUUCUGUAAUUCACCUACCGUUGAAGGAGUUCCGAGGGUAGCAGAGUAAGCUUGGUGGGACCCAUCAGCAGAUGACACACCUGGGAAGUCCAGAACUCUGGCUCGAGUUGCGACUGGUCAAUCUGUGUGUACGCGUGGGAAGAGGGACAACAGUGCCAUCGCACUCUUGAGAUCCAGAGGUUUUUCCACCAGGAUUGACCAGAAAGCAUUUGUCAAGAGGACAUAUAAAGUUGACCUUCUAGCAAUUCACAAGUACUGGGAUUCAGAACCAGCUAAGCCCGUCUCUGCUUUGCUUUACAGUAGAGAAUGCCAUCUGGGUCACACAAUCCUUUUUUAAUACGAAGCUUGCAAUGGUCCCAAGCUGGUUAUUUGGGACUUCUUAGCUCCUGCUAAGGACUUCACGAUCUUCAAGACAUUGCACAUAAUCUUGCUUUGCCCUCUGGGCCAACCGGUAUUUGUUGCAAUGACGGCUCAAGUGAACGGACUUUAAGGGUAGAAUAUUGAGGGGGUGGAUUUCUAUCAUGGUUGACCCGGUGGGGCCCUGAAGCUUUCAACGCUUUUUUGCCCUAAUGAUCUUUCUGUUCAGCUCAGGAUGGUCUGUGUCACCCCAGCUGCCUGCUCUGGGGUGUGGAAAUCAAUUUAAGGACAUUUGAACGAGGUUUUGGGAAAUAAUAAUUGCAUGCCAGGAACCAAAGAUGGGAUGCUUUAUAAAAACUCUCCCUUCCUCCGGUUAAGUAUGAAGGGAACGUUGCUGUGCACGUUAAGGAAAAGUGGGCUAUUUAAACAAAAAUAGAACUGGCGGUUCUCUCAUGCAAAUAUGGCUAAUUUGCAUACUGGAUUUCUGUCUUUGGAUCAUCUGUGUGAUAAACCGAAGGCAAUAACAGGUUGUAGCUCUCAAAAGUUAACGUGGUGGGAACUCUGGGUUGUGAUUAGGGGAUCCGAGGAAGACCCUUUCUUGCUGGUAUUUCUUAGCUUCGCCUAUCUCACAGGGUUUUUCAGUAAGGUUAUCAUAUCUGAGAAUGUACCUUAUGAUGUGCAUUGCAACCCAGAGUUACCUGAGAUGGAUAGAAGAAAAAAAGAAGGAAAGGAAGGAGAAAGAAAGAAA